CGCCGCCGCUUCGUCUUUACCUCCGGUCAAGACGGUCCUCUCCGAUCCGGUCUCGACCCCUCCGUCCUCGCCUCCCUUCCCGUGUCGGUUUUCGAAUCCAAAGACUGGAAGGAGGGUUUGGAAUGUGCGGUUUGUCUCUCGGAGGUUGUGGAGGGUGAAAAGACUAGACUUUUGCCUCACUGCAAUCAUGGGUUUCACGUUGAUUGCAUUGACAUGUGGUUCCAAUCCCAUGCUACUUGCCCUCUUUGCAGGAACCCCGUUGCCUCUGAACCACACAACUUGGAAUCAGAAUCUCCCACUUUUCCCACCAACGUCUUGGUUUGGGGGGACAACUCUCAAAUAAGUUCCACCGGUGGUGCUUCUGUUGAGGAGGUGGAGCCUGCUUCUCAGCCACCUUCUUCUUCCUCGGUUGGCGAUGAUACUAAUAGACGUCAUGGAACUUUGGUGAUUGAUAUACCUAGUGACAUCACUUCAACCUCUUUGUCUCCUUCUGAUGAGCUCAAAUCUCCAAUGACUGGAAGACUCAGAUCAUUGAAGAGGCUUUUGAGCAGGGACAGAAGGUUAAAUCCUUGGAGUCCUACUUCUCUAGAUGUAGAACAAGCAGGGUCAGGGGGAGGAGGACUCAGCUGAACUAGGAUUUUAUUUCCCAAUCUUAUUCAUUAUUUUUUGUUUUUUAUGUGCAUAUUGCGCAUUCAGGUAGCAACUUGUGAGUGAAAAUUGUAUCUAGUGUCUGCCCGUACACCAUUGGGGUUCUCGAGAUAGAUGUGCUAUUAUUGCCUUUCCAAUACUUGUGCAUAGAAUGGCUGAGGAGAGUAAUUGCUUCAAGUGUCUAUGUUGUAUAAAUAUAGGUUUCAUUCAAGUAAUACAGUAGAAUGAUCCUCUUUCUUUCGUUGGAUAUAUCAGUUUUUUUGCACUGUUUUAA